CACAGGCAUCAUUCUCACCCGGUAUUGGCUCCAUGUAAAGCAGAGCCAGCAUUAAUUUUCCUCCAGUCUAAGACUAACUUGGAGUAUUGGCAGACAUAUAAAGCCUGCCCGGUCCCCCAACUCAACCUACAACUUAUACGCUGCAUAUGGGAUAGUCUUCUUCCUUGAUUUGUUUGACCAUCUCUCUUUAUUGUUCACUGUCACUUUGAACCAUAUAUGCCCCCUUUCUCGAGCCUGACCGUUCCUGUCCUUAGAGACCUCCGGAAUUUGCCCGUCGGCCACCCCCAGAGUGCCGCGGAACUAGGAUUGCUGCCAACGUCCCCAAACCCUACCCCUUUAACAAGUGACGACGAGGAUGAGGGCGGUAUUUCCUCGGCAUAUCUACGGAGCCCAUUUGCAGGGAACCCUAUUGGAACUGGUAAUUCCAGUAACGUGGAGAGGAAGUCCAAUAGUUUCUCACAUCGCUCGCACCGUCCAGGAGAUAGUAUCGAUGACCCGAUUGUCCUUGAUGCUACAACUACGGUGCCCAGUCAUACAACAAAUGUUAUUGAUACCGUUUCGAACAGCCUCCAGCAAAAGGAGUGCGGCACCCGCGGCCGCUCCCUUGAGGAGCAUUAUGAAUGCAAGAUAUGCUUUUGUGAAGUGGUAGACCUUGUAUUAGGCUGUGGUCACGUUUAUUGCUAUGAUUGUUUCAACAAAUUCUUUCACGAUUCUGUGCUCUCCAAAGCCCUGGGAAAUCCUCUAUUGGCCGUUCAGUAUCUAAGGAAGCGACAGUGCGAACCGUGCUGUCCAUUUUGCAAGAAGACUCUUCCCGGCUGUUUCGCUCGUCCAGAUAAUCGUGAACGUCUCGUCGGCUUCUACGUUCCUAUGCGCUGCCCAGAUUUAGAAUCCCCUCACUGUUUUGUUGAUGACUACAUGGUGCAAGGUAUCAAAUUGAGGAUGCUUUGA